UCCGUCGAUGCUGUCAUCGGAUCGGACUUCGCAAAUCUAGCGGCGAAGGCCAAUCGGAUGAUCGAUCUGGUUCACAUGGACAUUAUGGACGGGCAUUUUGUCCCGAAUCUAACCAUUGGUGCUCCUCUCAUCGAGAGUUUGCGAAAGCACACAAAUGCAUAUCUUGAUUGCCACCUUAUGGUGACGAACCCCAUCGAUUACGUGGAACACAUGGCUAAAGCUGGUGCUUCUGGUUUCACAUUCCACGUCGAGGUGGCCAAAGAGAAUUGGCAACAACUUGUUGCUGGGAUGAGGCCAGCUGUGGCUCUAAAGCCUGGAACACCUGUCGAACAAGUCUAUCCUCUGGUUGAAGGAACAAUUCCGGUUGAAAUGGUUCUUGUGAUGACUGUAGAACCUGGAUUUGAGUUUAUGCCUAACAUGAUGGGCAAGGUUAUGUUGGGUCUUUUAUAAGUCUUUUAGCUAAUAGUUUUUGUAUUUUUCCUUUCAAAUGGAAGCUGCACGUGGUGGCGGUGGUGUGCUGAGACGGCGUUGUAUUCUCAUCGGAAUAUGGUACCUCUUCGUUUCUCUCAGGGUUAAAAAGUUGGUCCUUAAUGUUUUAAAGUCAUUUCGUGAAUCCUGAUACAUAAUCUUGGUUCCAAGAACUGUAUAUCGUCAUUUUGAGUUAUUAAUUCCCUCACACACAGACUAUUUCA